AUGGAAGAUGAGGAGGAGGAGCAGGAGGAGGAAGAUGAGCCAGCACCGCCGCCCCCCAAACCAGCCCUUCGAAAAAGCAAGCCCGACCCAGAGCCAAAAGCAGCCCGUACCAAGCCAGCCACUCCGCCUACCGGAUCCGACUCUAAGAGUGCAGAGAAAUCCGCAGAGACGCUCCACGUGACCCCGAAGAAUUUGGACAAACAGUUCCAAGAUGAGGAAGCUAAGGAACCCAAAGAAGCCUUCAAGCUGAAACGCAUGGACUCCUUGAUGCCACAUGGCUACGUGUCCUGCAGGACUCUGCUUCGAGGCAUCAACAUCACGAACAAGAUGGCCGACUCAGGCCGACUUGCCUCGCCCCAGCCCAGCAAUGAGGAGAACAUCGCUGAUUUGCUUGAGGGGAUGAGUGACUCCGCCUCACAAGUGGUGGUGGAGUCUGCGAGCAAGGGCCAGAUGGCAACCAUGCUUCAAGAGCUUGUGGCACAAAAUGCUCAGAUGAAGAAAGCCCUGGCGGCUGUGCCGCCUGGGCCGGGUGCUAAAGGGGCCGAGGCUGACCCGGAGGCCAAAGAAAUCCAGGAGGAGCUAAAAGCACAACUCGCUUCCCAGGAGGAGCAGGAGGAUAAGGGUGAUGAAGAAGCUGAUGAUUAUGAUGAAGGGGAGGAGGAGGAAGCCGAGGAGGACGAGGAAAACGAAAAAGAAUCCAUUGUCACGCCGGCCCCGAAAGCGGCAAAGACCCCUCCUUCCAUCACCCCGCCGCCCUCACAGGCCCCAAACGAAGUGGACUUAGGGGAAUUCGCCCAUGCCAAGAGCAGCACCCACCGCAAGGAGUGGAUGGCGUUUGGGAGGAGAAUGGAGUCUGAGGAUGCACCCAGAAAGUUCCCCCAACUCGCUGCCGUUUGGGACAGCAGCAAAGAGGAGAAGUUGAAGGUUUUUCGCCGAUGGCUCGCCAACGAGAAAGACUUUGGAAAGACGAAGAUUGAAGCGGCUGUUCGGAAACCGAACAACUCCGUUCCUGACGAAGAUUGCCCGGACGACCCAGCAUCGCCCGAGCUGGCAGAUGCCAUGCUGGGCAAUCCUGUUAUGGCAGCUAUCCGGGCAUCCUCGGCUACUUCCAGGGAAGUGAAGCGGGAGCUCGGUGCCGCUUCAGUGGCCCUGGACCUUCCGAAGAAGCACGAGCUGCGACUCAAGAUGCAAAAGCAUGAGGCUGAACUGAAAGAGCAGCUUGAGCUGUUGAAGGAGUUCGAGGACCUAGACAAAGACGAGGAUCAGAAGGAAGCCCUAGCCACAGCCGAGAUCGCCGAGAACAUUGGCCGUGGCUACUCCUCCAUCCGGAAUGCUGGUGGUAUCGGAGAUGCUUAUGAUAGCGACUUGCUCAGGAAUAUCAGGGAGCCUGAUGUGCACAACAGGGCUAGGAUCAAAGCUAUCGUGGACACGGGGCAUUUGCACACCUUAGUUCUCCGCUUGCACGCCUUCGUCACGGCCUUCCGCGGCGACUGGAAGGCCCUUAAGCAGGCGUUCAACUUUGACAGAUAUGCAGACCGCGACGAGAUCUGCUGGAUGUGCUGUGCAACCAAAGGCCUGGAUGCCAACACUUUGCACCUUGGGUACACUAAUGUGAACACCGAUGCACCAUAUUGGGAGACCAUGUAUCAGAGCCCGCCGUGGCAAUUCAGCCCCGCCUUUACGUACCUGACUGUGGAGCAGCAACGCAACAAAGAGUUUUUCGGGCAGCUUUUCAUGAAGAGCUACCGGUUGAUGGCA